AUGCAACAAUGUUCCCAACCCAAUCUACCGUCUUUUUUGUGCGCUUCCUAUCUUCGUCAUCGUGCUUCAUCUCAUUCUUCUUCCACCGUGCGUGCUCGUGAUCCAUCGUGCAGGGACAAAUCCAAGAGGGUUAGUGUUUGCCGCCAUAUUUUAAAUAAUUUUCAAUUUUGCCCCCCUUAUGCCUGUUUCUGGAUUCGUCACUGCCACCGUGUGCCUCUGCUGCCUUCAUUCUUCUUCCUUCAAACUUCCCCGUGCUUCGUGAACCAGCUGCUGGCGACUCUGCUUCGUAAACCGGUAGAAGAAUUGAAGUCUGCCAUUGCUUAUCAAGUGAGUGCCCUUCAAGAACUAAGGCGUUUGCUGUCAAGAUUUAAAUUUCCUCCUGUUGAGGCUGCUGUCAAAGCUGGAACAAUACUCAUACUAGCUCAAUGUCUUGCAUUUGGUUCCCUAGAUGAACAGUUUCUUGAGGCUGCUUGGUGCCUUGUAAAUAUUGCAGCAGGUAACCCGGAAGAAACAAGGGCUUUAUUGUUGUCUCUAAUGAGUACUUCGAAGAUUGGAUUCACAUGAAUCUAAAACUGAUGAAAUUCUGAUUCUUUGUAUCUUUUUGUAGCUUACUUCUUCCUAGGCCACAUUUAGUCGAAAUGUUUCCAAGAAGGAUUUCAAUAUUUCACUGGGGUGUUUGCAGUGGCUGUUGACUGUGGUAUAUGUCUUUUUGUAACUUACUUCGUCCUAGACUAUAUGUCUUCCAUGAUUUGUUGCCAAUAGUUAUGUGCUAAUGUCUAAGAAGAUUUAGCAUGAUAAGAA